AUUUUAAGGUGCAGGAGAAAACUUGGAGAAUACAAUUACUGCCUUUGAACAUGCCGUAAUGCAAAAUAGUGAUAUGUUGGAAAUAGAUUUACAACUUACUAAAGAUGGACAAGUAGUUGUUUCUCAUGAUAACAAUCUAUUAAGAAGUACUGGAAAAGAUGUAAAUAUAUCUGAUUUGAACUAUGAGGAACUCCCAUUGUUAAAACCUGUUUUACCUGUGGACUUUGCUGGAGGUAAUGUGUGCAGAGGCAAUGAAGAUAGAAAAAUACCACUACUCAAAGAUGUCUUUCAGAAAUUUCAAAAUGUUCCAAUUAAUAUAGAUAUAAAAAAUAAUAAUGAAUUGUUGAUUAAAAAGGUAAAUCAAUUGAUUAAACAGUACAACAGGGAAAAUAUCACUGUUUGGGGAAAUUUCAGUAACGAGAUUACAAAAAAAUGUUAUGAAGAGAAUCCAAAUAUUCCAUUGUUGUUUUCUGCGAAACGUGUCUGCUAUCUUCUUUUUUUAACCUAUGUUGGACUUUUGCCAUUUGUUCCACUGAAAGAAUCAUGUUUAGAAAUAUUGCUGCCUAGAGUUGUUUACAGAAAUCCAAAUCUUGUAUCCUCUUUUAAGAGUCGACAGAAAUUAGAUUGGUUUCUAUGGCUAAUGGAAAAAUUAUUGAUGAGAAAAGAACUAUUUGAACAUUUAGAAAAGAGAGGAAUACAAACCUAUCUGUGGGUUAUCAACGAAGAUGAGGAUUUCCAAAAUGCUUUCAAACUGGGAGUCACGGGUGUCAUGACAGACUAUCCAACUCGUUUAAAGGAAUACUUGCAAAAAACGCAGAGCGGCAAUAGUUAAGAUAUAACGAAUACUAACAUACGCACUUUGGUUUGUUGUAAAAAUUCUAUCACGUUGUUUUUAUAAAGGAUUAAUUAAUUUAUUUUUCAAAUACUGUACAGUAUUAAUGUAAAUAAAAAUAUCAAAAAUAUUCUGUAUUAAAAUCGAG